AUGGACGCUAUUCCCCCCGUUACCGGCUCUAGCCAGUCCAUCCUCCUGCUCGGCUCCGGCUUUGUGGCCCGUCCCACUGCCGAGAUCCUGAGCGAGUCCGGCUUCAACGUCACCGUUGCCUGCCGUACCCUUGAGAACGCCAAGAAGUUCUCUGAGGGCAUCAAGAACGCCACCGCCAUCUCCCUUGACGUCUCGGACGACAAGGCUCUUGAUGCGCAGGUUGGCAAGCACGCUCUUACCAUCUCCCUGAUUCCCUACACCCACCACGCCACUGUCAUCAAGUCUGCCAUCCGCAACAAGAAGCAUGUCGUCACCACCAGCUACGUCUCUCCCGCGAUGAUGGAGCUGGAUGCCGAGGCCAAGGCUGCUGGCAUCACCGUCAUGAACGAGAUCGGUCUCGACCCCGGUAUUGACCACCUGUACGCCGUCAAGACCAUCGAUGAGGUGCACAAGGCUGGUGGCAAGAUCACCUCCUUCCUGUCCUACUGCGGUGGUCUCCCCGCCCCCGAGGACUCUGACAACCCGCUCGGCUACAAGUUCUCGUGGUCUUCUCGCGGUGUCCUCCUUGCUCUCCGCAACGCCGCCAAGUACUACGACGGCGGCAAGGUCGUCGACAUUGCUUCCAAGGACCUGAUGGGCACUGCCAAGCCCUACUUCAUCUACCCUGGCUACGCUUUCGUCGCCUACCCCAACCGUGACAGCACUCCCUACAAGGAGCGCUACAACAUCCCGGAGGCUGACACCAUCGUCCGUGGUACCCUCCGUUUCCAGGGCUUCCCCGAGUUCAUCAAGGCUCUCGUCGACAUUGGCUUCCUGUCUGACGAUGAGGUCGACUACCUCAAGCCCGGCAGCACUCCUCUGUCCUGGCGCGAGGUCACCAAGCGCGUCCUUGGCUCCUCCUCUGACGCCGACACCGACCUCGUCUGGGCCAUUGGCUCUAAGACCAACUUCGCCAACAACGAGGAGAAGGCCCGCAUCCUCAACGGUCUCCGCUGGAUCGGCAUGUUCAGCCAGGAGCCCGUCACUCCCCGCGGCAACCCUCUCGACACCCUCUGCGCCACUCUUGAGAAGAAGAUGCAGUACGAGAAGGGCGAGAGGGAUAUGGUCAUGCUGCAGCACAAGUUCGGCAUUGAGCAUGCUGACGGCUCCAAGGAGGUUCGCACCUCGACUCUCGUCGAGUACGGUGCUCCCGAGGGCUCUGGCGGUUACUCCGCCAUGGCCAAGCUCGUCGGUGUUCCUUGCGCCGUUGCCGUCAAGCAGGUCCUGAACGGCUCCAUCAGCGAGAAGGGUAUUCUCGCCCCCAUGACUCCUGCUAUCAACGACCCGCUCAUCAAGGAGCUCAAGGAGAAGUACGGCAUUGAGAUGAAGGAGAAGACCAUUGCUUAA